CCCGCCCUCCGCUCCCCGCCUAUUGGCCCGACGGGGCGCAGGGCGGCGUGGGAUUGGCUGAUGCGUCGCGCCGAGCCGGCCAAUGGCGGAAGGAGUUGAGGUUGCUAUGGUUACCGAUGCCGUGAGGCGGUGGAAGGGAAGGCGCGGGCCGGGGGUUGCUGGCAGUGCCCUGUGGAGGCGCGCAGCGGCCCGGGCCGCUCCCUGGCGGUUCCCGCCGAUAUUAAAAAACACAUAAAAAUGAGUGAACCAGACCACGGAACAAUGUCCACAGCUCAGAGGAUUAGUGAUGUUGAAAAUCUGGUGAUUCCUGUGAGAAAUGCUCUUUGCAGUCAGAAGUAUAAACCCAUUGACUACAAACAUCUAUGUGAACUCACUGCAGCAGAAAAAAUGACUUCCACAAAAAUUCAGUUAAAGAUCAAAAAAAUGGAGAAAAUUUCAAAAAUUAACAAAGAGCACAUGCUUCUGAAACAGCAUUGCCAAGUGUGGUGGCAAGAGUAUAAAAGACUUAGUGAGAACAGGGAAAAAGCAGAAGCAGAAAUACGGACUCUUCUUGAUGAAGGAAGUCAUAAGUAUGACUUUUUUUUGGAUAUGUGGGACUUGGAGCAUAAACUGUCACAGGAGCGGGAUGCUUACCAAACAGAUACUGUGGCUCCUAUCUGGCAACUAAGAGAGAAUUUGAAAUUCUGGCUGUCUGAAAUGCAACAUUACCUCACAGAAGACUUGUCUCUGAAAUACAAGUUCAAUCUAGCUGACAAGUUACGGCAGAUGGAAUCUGUGAAGAAGCAAUGGAAAACGGUUUUGGAAUUUCUUAACCUCGAGAGUCUGGCUUUGGAAAGAGAGCUUCAAGACUACAAAACAAAACAUUUUUCAUCACAGGCUUUAACACAUUGUUUUGAAGAGAAAAAUGGACUUUUCCAUGAAGUUCCUUCAGCUCUACUGUCUUUGGAGUUCCCCUAUCCAGACUUGAAGAGCUUAGUUAUCAGUGAAUACUGUAAGCUUGCAAACGAAUACUGGUCUAAGCUGCAAGAGAUUGAUGAACAGCUAAACGUCAUAUAUAGGAGCACUGACUGGGAGGAAGAAGAUCAGUGGGUUUUUCAGACUGUCGUCAAUCAGUAUCCGAGUGAUCUUCCGCAAAGAAGGACUUUGUACCUUGACAUGUUGCAGAGAUGUCUUCCUCACAAGUCCAGGCACGAGCUGGUUACUCAUGAGAAAGCUUGGGAUCAUUACAAUUUCAUUAAGAAUCAACGCAGAGUCUUGAUAUUAAAUUGGACUCAAGCUAGGAAAGUGUUUUUCCUGAAGGCGGUGAUGGCUGUUGCUGAAGCCUCUGCUGCUCAGGAGGCAGAAGCAGUAUCAGCGAGUAACAGACGAAAGCAGCAGGAGAUCUGCGCUGAGCUGAAAGCCAAGAUCCUACAGUGGAGAGCACAACAGGAGGAAGCGGCUGAGCUAGAAGCUGCUGUAGCUGCUAGAAGAAAAGAAAAGGAAGACGAGAAAGAAAGGCUGCAGAAAGAGCAGGAAAUGAUUCGUAGAGCUCAGGAGAAAGAAAAAGUUAAAAAAUACUGGGCUGAGAAACAGCUUAAGUGGCAAGAACAGGAAGAAAAAGAGCUACAACAUAUGGAGGAAUUAAGAAAAUUAAUGGCUAAACAAGCAAUUAAAGACAGAGAACGGGUAAAAUUUAGACAAGCACUGCUAGAAAAGCGGUUCCUGGAGAAAAAGGAGCAGGCCCUUCGAGAAGCACGUGCAGCAGAAGUAAAAGAGAAAUGCCUGGAAGCACUCCGACAAAAGGUUUCUGUUGUAGCAAAACCAGACCCAGUGAGAGUGGUGGCUGAUACCACAGCGUCUAAAGCUCGGAUGGGUGUUGGGACCACAGAAGAGUUCGUUCUCCAAAAGCCACUGUUUGAGUUGCAUACGUAUAGUGAAGAGCAGGUGUUAAUGGGACGUGUAUCUUCAAGGCCACGUGAAGCGGACAGUGAUUCCUUGCUGCCCAAAGGAGGAGCUGCGGGUGAGGAUGCUGGGGUCCCUGCCAGCAAGGCCCAGCUGCAGAGUUCUGCUGGCUGCACCCCUCCUCAGCUGGCGCAGGCAGCGUGCCCUCUCCUGUUGACUCAUUCAGCGUUUUGCAGCCAGUCAGGUGACGUAACAUUUUUCUCUUACACUGAAGGUAACGCUGACAGCAUUUAGUAGCGUAACCUGAUGUCAGGAGGGGUCUCGGUGCCCGGGGUGGGAGGUUUGCUCUGGCCUGGGUGGGUGAGGCCGCAAAGUCGGAAGCAGAGAAGUGAGGAAGGGUACCACAAAGCCGGGGGAGGGCGGGUGCUACAGCCUGCAGAGAAUGAGCAGCUUUAAACCGAGGCAAAGUAAUCUGAGAUUCGAAGCGACGUUCUUUUGAUAGGGGUAGAAAUGCUGCAGAGACUGCGUGCUCAAGAGCAGUGGGAGCUGUGUAUCCUCUGGGUUUAGUGAUUGCAUGUUUGUGUCAUGUUGCAGUUCUGUGUAUAUUUGUGCAUUUUACUUUGGUGUCUUGUUUGGGGUCACUCUCUAUUUUUAACACGCACUUGGCCGGCUCGUUGGAUGCUCCUGCAGGGGAGCUCAGCACUGCUUUGCUUCUCUUCUGGAGACCAGGCUGGCUUGAGGGUAUAAAUCUUCUCAGUGGCUUCCCAAAAACAGAAGGUCUCAAACUUAAGGCAGUAUUUUUUUCUUGCCUUUAGAGGCAGAUCCAGAAGAUAAUUUCAGUGGUGCAAAAUCUUGUAAAAUUAUAACAGUCUCUUCCUCUCUUACAAAUAGCAAGACGCUUAUGAGAAAACAAAGUUCACAUGAAGCAGAAAAUUGUUUUUGAAAAAAGGGGCUCUGGUUUUUGAGCAGCCUUGUGGAUGCUGUCACAUCUGCUGUUUCUCAGAGAAUAGGUUCAGUAGUGUCAUCCGAAAUCCGGGAGGAGCUCUGUAACUCCAGCGUGGUGUUAGGAAGCAGCAUUCCUUUAUUCCUCACGAUGCGCACCGGGCGACCUGACAAGCAAGCGCGCUCUGUCGGAGCUCAGGUUCUACAUUUAAACAGUUGAGACAUACAUAUGCAGCACACUGCCACACUAAUUCGUUCUUUUUCAAGGACUCGUUGACAUAUGCUAAUGUCCCUUUGGGCAUGCUCAGUGGUAUCUGGGGCGGUCGAGUGCCCACCUACUUCUUCCCCAUUUUCCACCAUCAGCUUCAUCGUGGAGACCUUUGACUCCUCGACACUUUCAGCCGCUUUUCCCCAGUUUGGAAAAUUUCCAUUGCUCAUUGGGCCACAGUGAGCAACUUUUAAAACAACAUAUGUGGAAUCUGAGGAAGAUGUCCUUGCACCUACUGGGUGCAAAAGAUAAAAUACUCUGUUAUGACUCCUGUGAUUCUUGUGAGGCAAAAUUGUUGAGGCAAAAGAUAAAAGUAUUCUGUUUUGUCCCCCGUGCAAAAUUAUUGAGGAAAACAAGACUUUCAGCUACUAAAGCUGAAAUGGAAAGUUUUAGAACCAUCACUCAUGGAUUCCUUCUGCUAUACUAAUAUAUUGGUUCUUAAACUGAUGUACUAAUCCUAUUGCUAAACAAACCAACCUAUAUCAGUAGAAGUCCCCUCACAUUGGCAUGCCUGUGCCAGCUUACAGCAGCCACAAAGCUGGGCUGCUUGUUCAUAUGGAGAGGCUGGAACAAAGAUUUUUAGAAGGAUUUUUGUGUAGCAGUGCAACAUUGAAAAAGUGCAGGUCAGCAAACCUGCUUUUCUGUUUCAGACUGGGUAAGGGCAACACUUCAUGCAGACCUGUGUAGUGUGUGCAGCUGAGCUACAGCCUGGAUGUUCUGAAGCCUGAGAACAACUUCUUUAUGAAAAUGAAGUCACUCCAUUUUAGGAUGUACCGCUCAGCUGUCAGUUUGGGUCGUCAGAAGUGGCUCAAAUGUUAACUAGUGCUGGAAAGUCAAGUAUGCCGCAGCUGCAGGAUGAGUUGGUGUGGUACCAACUGCUGCAGAAACGCAAUGCUUGUGCCAGCUUAUGUGCACAUAAGCUUAUAUGUGCUUUUGGAUAUGUAUUUAUAGAAGAAGAGAAAUGUGAGCGGCUGCGGUGCCGGCUCUGAUCCCUGGGAAGCGGGCGGCUGUGCUGGAUGGUUUGCAUUCUGAAAGGAGCUCCCAGUGACGGAGGUGCUGAGCCCUGUAAGCCAUUAACUGACUGAUUUGAAACCCGGGGAGGGUGUCAGAAUGUGCAACAGAAUAAACAUUUCCCAAUGUAAUCAUUACGUUAAAAGCAGAAUGAUUGCAGAGUCUUAACCGUACCGUAUUCUAGUAAAUAAAGAAGUGGCUAUGUCCCACAAAGCAAAUGAUUGGGGCUGUAGCUGUGCCAGCUGCAGCAAAGCAAACCCCUACCAAACUGGGCAAAAUGUUAAAGCAUCGUAUUUCUUUUCCUGGAGUGGUUUUCAUCGAGAGCCUAAGGUACCUUGCUGUUAGUACAUAAGGUUCUUGAAGUGGACAUUGGAGUUUGCAGAGCUGAGCUUGAAUUGUGGGUUAAAUUGCAUGUUGGUGAUGGCUGAUUUUGUUCCCAUGCUGGAAGGACACUGCCUCAAGUCCUGGUCUUCCUCAGCCAUCAGAUCAGUAUUUGUGCCUGAAAAGUGAAGUCCAGGAAGGCAAACUCAGAACCAGGCUCCUCCUCUGCAACAAGUGGAGUUUGUGUGCUCCCUGCAUUGACCUGGCGCGAUGGCAGGUCAGGAUGCUGGGACACUGCAGGGAGCCCUGCAGCAGCCCAAGACCCACAGCACUGCGUGAGGGUGAGGUGGUGGGGAGGCCAGGGCGAGAGGGGCCCAAGUGGGCUGUCAGAGGGUCCCUGCAGUGGGAGGGCCCCAGCUGCCACUGGACCAGGUUGUGGGGUGAGACCAAGUGCCGCAGGGACGGCCCCUCGGAGAAUGCUGACAAGUGUCCUUAGACUGAAAUGUUUUGUGCUCUUAAUAAUAUUAGAAAUACCAUCUCAAGUUUUUCUUUAAUAUGUAACACUUUUAUUUAUCUGAACUCUUGAAUCCUGUAAGUCACAGUUCUAAAAUUUGAAAGCAACCUUGUAAGUGAGCCUUCAAAACUGGAAGUAGUUUCAGUGGUAAAUUGGCUGGGCUGUGCGUAACCCCUGUGCGUGCCCUUCACCCCUACCCAUGAGCAGUUUGGCCUUUUACAGCGUGUGGCAGCGCUCACAGACCCUGCCUGCAUCCCCGUGUGUUGGUGGCAGAGAUGCUCCCCGCCCGCUGGGUGCCUGGGCCAGGGCUCUGACCCCACACAGCUCAUCAGGUCACACGAGCCCAGGCGCCCUUCCUGAUGGCACUGAGGAGCAGCAGCACUCACAGAGCAGAUGAGCUGUGUGUGCCACGUGCUUAGCUACCGGCGCUGCACCAGGAGCAACGUGUUCCCCUGCCGAGGGGCAUGGGGCAAGGGCACCCUGCAGGACAGUCCUUCCAUUCACAGGGCAGGAGCCGGUGGGGCACGCUCUUAUUUCCUGAGCAGCGUUGAUGCAAUUCCAGCUGUUUGAGAUCUGCCAUGCCGGCACAGCAGUGUUAGGGGCAGUGUAGGCUACCCCGCUCGCAAGCAGCAGCUUGCCUCUGCAGCCCUGGGGAAGCGUGGCCCACCCCAGUCUGUCUUUUCUGCUUUCCAGGUCCACUUGCCCGUGGUGUGGGCUGGUCCCACGUUGCCGUGCGGGGUGGCAGUGCCCUCAGUCGCUGGAGGGCUGCGUGUUCCCUGUGGCAGCGCACAGCCCCAGGCGUCUCCGGAUGAAGGCCGCCACCAGGCGCUGGGGCCGCUGCUGGUAUUCGUGCAGCACCUCGUGGGACGCACGGAUCUGGUCGCCCUCCAGCCGGUCCAGGAGCGUCACGCAGACCACGGCGGCUGCAAGAAGGCCCAAGUGCUGUGUUACAGGGGCUGCGCUGGGUCCUGCUGGGGGCCUGCCUGAGGCACGACGUCAGAAGGUGCGGGGCGGGCACAAGGCCAGCGAGAUGGGACCUGGCUGCAUCGCUGCAGCUGAGAGGUGCGCCCAGGCCCUGAGAGGGGUGAGGUGUUACUUCCUGCUCUAUCCAACAAGUACUCGGGCCUUUUGGAACAAGCUUGUUUUUUAUUGAGCCGUGACGUUGUGCUUUUUCUAAUGGAAAUUGCGAGGAAUGCGUUUUUGGCCUUCACACCGGCUCUCGUAACACGCCAAAGCCCCGCGCCCCGCAGGGAGGAGCUGGGGAGCCCGGGGCAGCACUCACCUCUCAGCCCGCACAGCCCGCACAGCGCGGCGAACGCCGUCGACUCCAUUUCAAUAUUUCUCACGCCAGCAUCGUGAGCUCGCUUUAAGUACUCCAACUUCUUUUCAUUGGAAAAAGAGCACAGGGCUCCAUCUAAUCUCCCUUGACCUUGAAAGGAAACAGAACUGUCACUGCUCAUCCUCGCAGGCAGCAGGCGCGGUGACCCGGGGCUGGCUGCAGUGCCGAUGUUUUAGCUGGAGCUGACCAAGUUUUCUUUUGCACAGUUACCUCAUGCACGCCCCAGUUAACCUGAACUUUUAAGGCCAUCAUACUACAUCUCUGUAUAGAGGAAGAAAACAAUGUAGGUUUACGCUGUAGAAAGGAAGACCCGGCCCCUGAGCAGGAGGCAUCUGGCACUCUGCUGGGGCAAAUCGUCACAGCCCAUGAUGUACAUCAGGUGGAGGCAUGCCAGGUUAAAUCCAAACAACGCCAAGUCACUGUGGGAGAGGCACAGCAAGCUGCGCAGAAAAUCAGGGAGAGGAAAACCCCCUUAAGUUAGGUUUAGUUCUUUUAGGGACUGACUGGUGCAGGCAGCGGGAGCUGUUAGCACGUGGCAAUCCGGGCUUCCGAGGCACUGGCUCCGGCCGCUCCCUGUGCUGCUCCCUGUGGGUUUCCAUCUGCAGCCCCGGGCUGUCCCCCAGGUAGGACCCACUGCACGCCAUGCCCCCCAGCCCUGGGCCUCCUCUCCCCACACCUGAUCUACAGUCAGCGCCCUGCACCUUGUGCAGCCUCCAGCACCGUGCAGCAUCCUCUGGGUGAGCAGAACAGCCGCCUGUGGCCAUGCCAACCUGGGCACAGCGCAGCAUCUUAUUGCUGUUCCUACUGUUAAUCCUCUUAAUGAAUUUCAAUUUAAAUAAAAUGUGGCCUUAAGGA